AUUACAGGUGUUCCUAAGUAACAGUUCAUGCAUAGUAUGUCUUUUCCACACCCAAGCAUCUUCCUAUAAUGUACAGCUAUUAUAAAAUUCCUUACAGUGACCUGUGCAGAAUUCAUCAUGACUGGUGUGGCGAAGGCAUGUCAUCACUGUCUGUCUAAGAUGGCCAGUAAUGCCUACUUUGUGGUGGGACUUCUGUUCUUUCUUGCCGUUCCUCUCACCAUGGCGUUUGUAGGUGUGAAGUCUAUAGACGACUGCCCUGUUCAGCCAAUGAUUCCUCUCUACCUGCUGGUGGGUGGAGUUAUUGGCAGUGUAAAGGUCACGCUGCUCCUGUACGACACCACCCGCAUGAGGUCGCUCAUCUCCAAGUCGGUCGUCAUCGGCGACGACGAUGCCGACGAGUAUCCAUGGAGACAGAACGCAAACAAGUACUACGUGCACAUCAUCCUCAGCCUGUUCCUGUUCGUCUGGUUCCUCCUGGGGAACUACUGGGUGUUCUCUGUGUUCCAGCCUAACUUCAUCACACCCUUCCACCAGCCACAGGACUACUGCAGGAAGUCUCUGUACCUAUUUGCUGUGUUUGUGUUGACGCUCAGCCACACCGUGCUGUUCCUGCUACUCUGCUGUGGGGUCUGUGUACACGUCUGCUCUCAGACCAGCACCAGGGACGACUAUGGGGAUAGUGAUGAAGACUGAGUGACUGACUGGCUGGCUGGAUGACUGACUCAGAGAAGCAUACAGAUGUAGGAUUUUAAUUUGAUCAUCCUGUUGUUGCAGGAAAUACAAGCUUGUAGUGUAUCUAAGGUUUAAAAAGGCUUCUGAAGUUUGUAAUUUCCACUUUGAAAUUUCAGACUUG